UCUGAAAUUGUGAAGAGCUAUGAUGCUGGAUACGUCCACAAUCCCCUCUAAAUGUAUUUUAUACUUAUAUGUUAUAAUAUGAAACGCAGUUAAUAGCGCAAGUGGACAGUGACCGUGUUAUUAAUUUCCUUAGUGACGUAGCUACAGUUCCAAGCGGACAGCCUACUUGUACAUCUUGCAGUAAAGCCGUGAUUAAUUAUUGGCUAAAAUAUAACCAACGUAUACGUACAUCCCUGGUUGGUUCAUACGAUUUUUAAAAUAAAACUAAUAUUUUACGUUUAACGUCUAAUGAUUCUACAAACUGGUGCGUAGUGUUUCACAGCAUUCUUGCUUUCAGACUGGGAUAUUUCUACUGACCACCACGCAAAAUAACCUUGCGCGUGCGCGAUCCGCCAUUGUGUAUUUUGGCGCGCGCAUCAACGCAGCCAGGAGGGGAGAGAGAAGCGCGCGGCGCUGAGGGGGAAGCUGCGACGAAGCAGGUCAUAGAGAUAGAAAAUCGUGCGGGGGCGAAGCGAAGGUUCUGCGCUUCUGAGUGGCCAGUGGACGGAGACCGACGCACCGUUUUCACCUUUCGAUCACCGUAGCCUUUACCUACCGCCUGGAACGAACCAUCGGCUAGUGAGUGUGGGUUAUCCCUCCGUCCACCAGAGGGCGCCUCUCCAAAUAGUUUAGCGGAGCAUUCGCAGCCAUGGGAAAGAAGAGCCAGCCUCGCGCCGACAACGACAAGUCGUCAUCAGAAGAGGAGGAGUACGUGGUGGAGAAGGUGCUGGACAGGAGGAUGGUCAAGGGCCGAGUGGAGUACUUCCUCAAGUGGAAAGGCUUUUCAGAUAAGCACAACACCUGGGAGCCGGAGAAGAACCUGGACUGCCCCGAGCUCAUCGCAGAGUUCAUGAAGACCUACAAGAAGGGCAGCAGCCCCCCCACCGGCGCCCGCCCCCCCAGCUCCACCGCCACAGGGGGGCGCUCCAAGGACGCCACCAGCGCCAAGAGGAAAAACUCCACCGAGGAAGAGGACGAUGAAGAGGAAGGAGGCAGCAAGGCCAAGAGGAAGAAGGAGGUGGGCUUUGGACUCACAGGAGAAGAUCUUGGGCUACGGACUCCUGGGACUAUGUUUCUCAUGAAAUGGAAGGACUCUGACGAGGCGGACCUGGUGCUGGCGAAGGAGGCCAAUCAGAAGUGUCCGCAGAUCGUCAUCGCCUUCUACGAGGAGCGCCUCACCUGGCACGAAGACGGAGAGAAGAAGGAGAAGGGCACCGUGAGCGUGUGAGCGGCGGAGCGCUGCGAGGGCGGGGCCAGGGCAGGGUGGGCGGGGCCGAGCCGGGGCAGGCGGAGGCGGAGCCGGGGCGGGGCACAGGGAAGAAGGGGAGGGGCUGGCGGCCCGUUGAAAUGUCCCCGCCCUGCCGGCUCAACUUGGAGAACGGACCCUUGCGAAAACUUCACUUCCUGCUUCCUGUCCCUUUCUGAAAACGCAUACCAACCAACCAGCUGUGGAAGGCACCGCCUACUUCACGACACCCCCCUCCGUGUCCCGCCCCUCAGUACCCCCAUCCCCCCCCCCCCAGUCCUGCCCCGCCCCACCACUGCCCACCCUUGUACAGCCAAAUCUCAGAAGUCACCUUCCUGGGCCCACUUUUAAUAAGAAACUGAAACAAAAUGGAAGAGGAGGAGGAGAGACUGGGGGGUUGGACUCAGUGGAGGGGGUGGAGUGAGACGGACGUUACUUAUGUUUUUUUUUUUAAAUAUUGUUUUGUCUUCUGUGCUUUUGUGGUAAACACAUGAGUAGCACUAGGUUUUUAAAGUGCUUCGGUUUUUAUGUUCAACUAUUUCCUGAGUGUGCGCGGGCGUAGAGACCCCUACCCAGGGUGAUUUACACCCGUUCUGUCAGCCAGCCAGCCAAUCAAUCAUGCAGAAAGGGAUUGGAGAGCUGUUCUGAUUGGGCGGAUUGGGUUUGUCCCUGUAGAGGAAAGUUUCAUUUGGCUAGGAAAAGGAAAAGAUUGAUUUGGGUGAGGAUCACAGCUGCAAGCCUAAAAAUGAUCAUGCAGAACUUUUUUUAAUGCAUGCCGGUUUAUUGUACUCCUGUUGUUUUUAUUUUAAUUUUUUAUUAUUGUGAUUUGAUUUAUCGAAAAACGGCGACGAGCGAAGCGUUCAUUUCCCCUUCUUUCGGGACGCCGCAGGCGGGCCCGCGCACGUGAGGGUCGGGUCGGGUCUCGCCCCGCACAGGUGUGCGGGAGCCGAAGCAGCCGCACGUCCUGCGGUCGUAACGAGCGAGGGCGUUCUCUCACGACGAAGGUCUCCGGUAGAACGCAUGAAUGUUCCCCCUAACGAUGAUUUAAAUAAAGUCUGUUUUUCUGUGUUACAGUACGGAUAGCGACACGCCGCGCGAGUCCCAGGCACUUCUGUUACUCUCCCAAAAUGGCCGCCGCGUUUGGUCUCACGCGACUCUCCUCCGCCUUCGGGGGGCGCUUUCUCUUUCCGAAACCGAGUCACGUCGCAACGAGUGAAUCAGGGUACACCUUUUAUAAGAACGAGUCUUUUAUUUAGUCUUUAAUUUGUUUUUGUUUUUAAAAAAUCUCCUCAAAGGAUGCCGCCUUAAUCAGUAACACCACCCCCCCCCACCCCCACCCCACUCCUUGCAAAGCUAUGGUAUUACACCUUCACCCUUCCCAACGCCGCUCGGCUCCACCCUCACCCCCCACACUCUGGUCGUUAUUGAAAGCUGAACUGUUUGUUUUUUUAAAUAGCAAUGUCAGUUAUGAACCUCGGUUUAAAAAAAAAAAAAAAAAAAAACCCUGCAGUUCACGAGCAUGUCAGGCACCCUCAAUGCACUGGUCUCUGUAUGUUCUGGUUUAGGAUACACUGUAUUUGGCCUGACUGCGAAGAGCAGGGUAGAGCAGUACUUCUUUUUUUUUUUUUUUUUUUUACACCCUUAAUUUAACAUUUUUCUAAAGCAGAACGACACUUUACCCGCAGGGGUGUUCGGUCUUCCAGAAAAGGUAGAUCUCCUCCGAGCCCGACUGAGAAUCUCUCGUUUCAGCACAGACCUGCCCACCGCCCAAAAGUGUGCGUUUCUAGGUCCGCACGCACCGGUACUGCACCCUGAGAACCGGAUGGGAACAGAGAGAGAUCGAAUGGGUUAAUGCCCAAAAUGGUGUUCGCUAAAUAGAAGAUGCAUACCUGUCGAGGGUGGUUGCUGUGGUAUCUGAGGAAGACUGCGCAGACAUUCCAACUGGUGCAGCAUUCACCCGUUCGAACAAUUUGUGCAGGACAAGGGAAGCGUAGCUAGAAGCCUUAGCCACGCUGCGCUGACCAAUUACAGACGAGAGCCGGGAGGUGAAAGCCCAAUGCCUUGCUGUUUGGUUGCAUAUAACCACAACAGCAUUUUCAUUAUUGGAGCCGUCUACAGUUUACACAGCUCCCAGGUUUGCACCUACACUGCACUUAUCUAGCUCAACCCUCUGCACGGUGUGCUCUGAAUUCUGGUUAACAGCUGAGACGAUUUUCAGAUUUUUGAUUGGAUCAUAAUUAGUACCCUCUUGCUCGGUUCCAUCAGCUGUUACCCAUAUGGGUUGUGAAAAUUAUGUACACUACGACAAUUUCACGUCGUAGGAAACAAACUCCCCAAAUAGUGGACAUCAGUGAAUAAAAGUUGUCCAUUUUAAAUAUGUGCGUGGAUAUAUAAUCUAUUUUAUUUCGUUUUUUUUUUUACCUCUUAAAGAAAAUUAAAAGAUGGCUUAGACUUUUUUUUUUAUCCCCUGAAACUGAUACAAGUAAAAAAGUAUUUAUCGUGAGCAGACUCUGCUGUUUGUGUGAUUUUCAUGUUGUGUUUCUUAGUCCCGACCCUAGGUGUUUCCCUGGUGUGGGCAGGUCUGUGUACUCCAGCCCAUCGGAAUGGUUACCGGGGAAACAGCGGCCGGCUCUGCUCGGCCGCGGGCGGGGCAAAGCGGGAAAGGUAAAUGUUCGUGAACGUUCUUUAUUUGGAGGUGGGGUAAACUGAGUGUAUGCAUCGUGCCACACAUCCUCCAACCACCCACCAUUAUGACUGCCCCCCCCCCCCCAGAUCUCAUUCCCUCACUCUCCCUCUCUGUCUCUCUCUCCAUGGCACAAACACAGGGUUUUAGAAAUUUACCAGUGGCUGCCUGUAAAAAAACCAGGUAUCUGCGCAUUGGUGACCCCAAACUGUAAAUCUUUACUGUAAAUCUUUUAUUUUAUUUUUUUUCUUGGGUAGUACACCCCUCUCGCACCUCCCACCCCCCUCAACACCUCUAAUAAACAAUUAUUCUUUUUCUAAAACUUUUAUUCAAUAUGCGUGUUUUCCAGAUGUGCUGCGAUAAAGUGUAUGUCACCAUAUUGUUGGGAGAGCGCUCUGCGCUUUCAAUUUUGUAUGUCUUGUAAGAAAUUGUAGUAAACCUAGUUUUGAACAUUCUGAACAA